AUGCACAAUCCUCGACUUCGAGACAACGUGUCUACCGUCAAAGCAUCGUCUCCUCUAUCGGGAACUACGAGAAAACCAGCAAUUACAGCAACUACGACAGCUAAUACGACAAAUUCAUCCUCCUCCACCUCUCCUGAUCACGUAGACCAGAUUCUUGUUCAAGUGCGACGGCAGAUUGAACGAUGGGGAGAACACGCGAGGUGGCAUAUUAACCUAGUCUUGCUCGAUCCCCCGAACAGCAAGCCAGGAUCACCCCUACCUCACAAAGGACUAUCACCCGUGCCUCAGAAGAACAGCUCACCCGGCGGAGACACUGGUGCGCGACUCCAAAGCCUAUUUCAAACUCAAUACGGCACCGGAGCAGGUUCACCACAGCCGCCGGCUUUGAGCAUCUUUGGUGGAGGAGCUACAGGAACCCAUUCACCGUGGUGUAUAUUAAUUGAUAUUUCUGUGGUGUGUAUAUGUGCACUAUGCUUUUAUUUGAAGUGGGAAUACAGUAUACCAUCUACAAGUUACUCUUAUACAAGGCCCAACCUAGACGAUGCUCAGCAAAAGCUUCAAGACGCGUACGAUAGACAGCAUCACCUCGAAAGUAUUGUACAAUCCCAGGCUGAUCAAAUGAAACUGCUUGGAGAUCAUCCGCACGAUACUGAAAAAGCUAUUGAAACAAUGCGAACCGUGUAUUUAAUGACAGAAAACGAACAAAAGCUGAGACACGCUCUUGAGACAAGAAUGCUGCAGACCGAAAUUGAUACACUCGCUCGUAAACUACGAAGAGUUGGAACCACUUUGCGUACAGUCGAGAAUAUAGAACUAUCAGCAGAGGAAACUAGUAUGGACAGUAAAUGUCUGUUAGAAGAACGGAAAUUGAUGAUGCGGAAAUUACACCUGGCUGAACUUCGAUUAUCCGCUCGAGAUGCUGAGCUAGACUACCUGCAUGAAACUCUACGGGCCUACAAUGCUCAUGCUGCUCACCAUGAGCCUCCAAUAUCACGCCAGUCACCCACUCUUCAGAAACAAUUUCGAAAAGGACCUCCUUACCUAUUCCAGCAACAAUACUCUCCUAAAAUUAGAAGCGAUCUUCGACCUCCCGCACAACAAUCCCACUUGAUGUCUGGCCUAGACAGCCUGGGAAUUCUCGCCGAUCAGAUGCUCAGUAACCCUGAUUUUGAAAAGAAAGAAACCCAGGGCGACACAAUUGCAGGCAAAAAUACGAGCACGGACCUAGAAACGGACACCGACACAAAUUUUGCACAAUCGUCUCCCACAACCUGGAGUAUUCCUGCAGAACCUCGUCAUUUUGAUCUCAAACGCUCUAAACGGUCGAUUGACUCUGCAAAUACUUUAGUUGCAAUGCCUUCUCUAGCCAUCACUUCCUCUGAUGGUCGAGAAAGUAAUCAUGUUAACUACGAGACCAGUAACAAUAAUAGUCCUAUUCAUACGCAUAAUCAUCAUAAUCAUAAUCAUCAUAGUAGUAAUAUUAAUAACAAUAACAAUAACAAUAACAAUAACAAUAAUAAUCAUAAUAAUCAUAAUCAUAAUACUACGGUGGAUGUACGAGGAUCUCCAAGUGAUAGUCAUUUCACAACAACAUCAACAACAACAGCAAUAACAGCAGCAAUACCAUCAUCAUCGUCAUUGUUAUUAUUAUCAUCAUCGCCAUUAUCAUCCCCAUCAUCAUCAUUAUCAUUAUCAUCAUCAACCGCAAAAAAGGCGCGCUUGGACAGCGUUACAUGGACGCUUGAAGAUGAUCUGGCUCUGCGCCAAGCCGUAGAUGGAUUAGGCACCAAUCAAUGGGAGAAAGUUGCUGCUACGAUUCCAAAUAAAACAUUACAGCAGUGUCGGCAGCGCUGGAGUGAUCUCUGCUUUCAGCUGUCGUCUCCACCACAACCACAACCACAACCACCGCCACCACUAUCACUAUCACUGUCACUGUCAUUACCACAAUCAUCAUUGCCUGAAAAUUUCUCGCCAUCUCUAUCGUCGAGACCAUUCAAUGCUCGACGUACACCUUCAAUUGCUGCUUUGUUAGACUCGAAUGAAGACAUGCAAAUGAGGCAGAAUAAUUAUUCCUUCCGUCUUGGCUCUCCUCUAUCCCGACACGAGACUAAUCCAUCUUACUGUCGAUCACCACCACACCCACCCCAAGGUACAGGGCACAUCCAGGAGAGACCCUAG